AUGCGAAUAUACAACUAUUUAUGUAAAAAAGUCGGUGAACUUACAGUAAAAUACUCCAAUUUACCAGAAAGCUAUAUAAAACGCAGCUAUGAGCAGGUCUAUUGGAAGAAUCCAACGGGUUAUCCACAAUAUCCUGCUGUCCAAAUAGCACGUAAAAAAUUUCGAUUCACUACAAAUAGACCAUGGACGGUACAGUUUGCACGACAAAACGAACGCACUAAACUUCGUAAGAAGGUCUUUCUAGAACCUGUUGGAGAAUGGAGUUUCUUCAAAGGCGAUAGAGUGGAAGUAAUGGUGGGCAAGGAUAAAGGCAAGCAAGGAAUAGUGAGUCAAGUUAUACAAGAAAGAAACUGGGUCAUAGUUGAAGGACUUAAUACUCAUUUUAGAACUGUUGGUAAAGACAAAGACUUCCCGGGUAUAACUAUUCAGUCCGAAGCACCUCUAUUAGUCACAACUGGUGUGAAAUUGGUAGAUCCAGAAACUUUGAAAGCAACCGAAGUUGAGUGGAGAUUUACCGAAGAAGGAGAAAAGGUGAGAGUAUCGACCAGCAGUAGUCGCAUUAUCCCCAUACCAAAAGCCGCAGAAGAAACCAUGGAUUAUAAGAGCAAGGAGCUAUAUGUGGAUAAUGCGGAGAAGGACACGGCAGCUGAUGUUGCUACACAGAUCACAUUUGCACCAAAACUUCGUACGUUUGAAAUGGACAUUAUGGAAGCAAUGGGCAUCAAAGAAGACAGAGUGCCCGCUAAAUCAUAUUGGUAU